ACACCACCAGUUCAUUCACUAGGUGAUCAAGUCAAAGUCGAGUUUAAAGUACAACCAGAUUGGUAUUACAAUGGUACACGAUGUGCUAAAUUCAAUACGAUUGUUUUCGAUCGAGAAACUUGGCAAAAACCACAACAAGUGGAUAUGUCUUUUAUUGAUUAUGGUUGUUGUAGCUAUGCAGUUACUGCAACUGGUGGUGGAUAUGAAUGGCAGUAUGCAAAUUCAACAUUUGUUGUUUAUGCAUGUGAUGGACAGGCUGGAUAUGGCUGCAAAGGCAAAGAACCGUGCGGAGCAUGA